UCCCCCGCCUCCUCUCAACCACACGCCCGCCCACCUCCCUCCGACCACGAUACUUCCACCCUCUCAACCACACCCUCAACCACACCCACAACCACCGCUUCACCACCCUCCCCCCCAAAAAAAUGCGCGUCCCCUACGCCCCAACAACCCCGCCCUCCCCCUCCGCCGCCCCAAUCUACACCCGCAUCGCCGCGCGCCGGCACCCACGCCCCCUAAUCCCGCUCGACCUCGCGCUCCUCCACAACCCCGCCGUAGCAGACGGCUGGUCGUCCUUCAUCGGCGCAAUCCGCACCGCCACGUCCCUCCCGGCGACCGUCAAAGAACUCGCCAUCUCGCGCAUCGCGGUGCUAAACGGCGCGGUGCACGAGUGGGAUGUACAUGCCUCUCUUGCCGUGAAAGCGGGGGUGAGCAGGGAGGUUAUGCGCACGGUGUUUAGCGCGGAGUGUACGCGGGGGAUGGAUGAGGGGGGGCGGAAAGCGGUGCUUGGGGGAAUGGGGGAGGUGGAGGAGGUGGUGGUGUUGUAUACGGAUCAGAUGACUGUGGGGGUUAGUGUUGAGGAGGGGGUUAGUGAGAGGGUUAAGGCGGUGCUGGGGGAUACGGGGUUGGUGGAAUUGACGGCUACGGUUGCGGCGUAUAAUUGCGUGAGUCGGUUUUUGGUCGCGUUGGAUGUUGGGGAGUGUAAUGGGAGGGGGAUGAAGGAGGUUGAUGAACUUUAGAAAGGGGGGGUUGAAUUGGGAUUUAUGUUUGAUUGGGACUUGUAACGUUGCCGUAUAUAUAUAUGCAUAUACACAUGUCUUAC